GUUCUUGUGCUCCACAAAGAGAAAUACCACAAAAUUGGAUAAAGAUAUCCAAAGAGUGAGACAUGAAAUAUUUUUCAAAAAAGCCCAAGAUCAUAUUGGUUCCUUAUCCGGCUCAAGGUCAUGUCACUCCUAUGCUAAUGCUUGCAGCUGUCUUUUAUCGUCGUGAUUUUCUUCCUAUCCUUCUCACUCCUAAUUAUAUUCAUCGUCAUAUUUCAUCGCAAAUUUCGUCUACAGAUGAAAUUCUCUUCAUUUCCAUGCCAGAUGGCCUCGACGAUAACAUGCCACGUGACUUCUUCACUAUUGAGACUGCUAUGGAGACCAUCAUGCCAAUCUACCUUAGACGAGUUUUGAGCGAGCACAGUUCUAAAGAAAACAACGAUGGUAGUGGAGUUGUUUGUAUGGUGGUUGACUUACUUGCUUCUUCCGCCAUUGAAGUAGGAAAAGAGUUUGGAGUAACCGUGGUCGGGUUUUGGCCAGCCAUGUUUGCCACCUAUAAAUUAAUUUCAAAUAUUCCUGAAAUGAUUCACAAUAACUUCAUUUCUUCUGAUACAGGAUGUCCAGAAGAAGGAUCAAAAGGGUGCGUUCCGAGCCAGCCGCUGGUGUCGGCGGAAGAACUGCCGUGGCUGAUCGGAACAUCGUCGGCAAGAAAAGGCAGAUUCAAAUUCUGGAAAAGAACCAUGGCUCGAGCGAAAUCCCUAAAAUGCCUUCUCGUUAAUUCCUUCCCAGAAGAGGUCCCCCUUCAAAAACCCAUAUCCAAAAGCUCAACCGCCGUGUUCCUGGUCGGACCUCUGAGCCGGCACUCGAAUCCGGCGAAAACGCCAAGCUUCUGGGAAGAAGACGGGGGGUGUGUGGAGUGGCUGGAGAAACAGAGGUUGAAUUCGGUGGUGUACAUCUCGUUUGGGAGUUGGGUUAGCCCAAUCAACGAAUCGAAAGUGAGGAGCUUGGCUAUGGCGCUUUUGGCCUUAAGGAAACCAUUCCUUUGGGUUCUCAAAAGCAAUUGGCGAGACGGUUUACCAAUCGGAUUCCAACAAAAGACUCAAAGCUAUGGGAGGGUAGUUUCAUGGGCUCCUCAAAUUGAGAUUUUGAAGCACAAAGCAGUGGGUUGUUAUCUUUCUCACUGCGGGUGGAACUCGAUCAUGGAGGCGAUUCAAUGUCGAAAGCGACUGCUUUGUUUUCCGGUGGCCGGCGACCAGUUUUUGAACUGUGGUUAUGUAGUGAAAGUGUGGAGAAUUGGGGUGAGACUUAAUGGUUUUGGAGAGAAAGAGGUUGAAGAAGGAGUGAGGAAAGUGAUGGAAGAUGGAGAGAUGAAGGGGAGGUUGAUGAAGCUUCAUGACAGGAUAAUGGGGGAAGAGGCUAAUUAUAGAGUCAACUCUAACUUCACAGCCUUCAUUAAUGAGAUCAACAAGCUUCCAACUAAAGCUGGACAUUUCAUCUUGUAAAUUCUUGUAGUUUUCUAAGUUGGAUUUCACAAAAACAUGAAUUAUUUUGAUUAUGUUCAAUUGUGGGAAUUGAAUUCACCUCACCUACAAAUCGAUAUAGUUUGGUUUGCUUUUAAGUAAAAAGUUACUACUCAACUUAAACUAA